AUGCAUGUCGGCGAAGUAUAUUUUCCCCUCAGGCAUCACAAGAGAUGGCUUAAUGAGAAAAUAGGACCAGAUGCUGCAAAUAGUGAACAUGACUUUACAAGGAAGAUACUUGCUAUGGAUGCUAAAAACUACCAUGCUUGGUCCCAUAGGCAGUGGGUUCUUCAAGCAUUGGGUGGAUGGGAGAGUGAACUGCAGUACUGCAACCAGCUUCUUGAGGAAGAUGUCUUCCAUAACUCAGCUUGGAAUCAGUAUGUUUUUUUGUUGUUGCAACGGAGAUACCUUGUGGUAACACGAUCACCAAUUCUUAGGGGCCUUGCGGCAAUGCGCGACUCAGAAGUAGAUUACACAGUUGAGGCCAUUAUGGUGAACCCUCAGAAUGAAAGCCCCUGGAGAUACCUCAGAGGUUUAUAUAAGGAUGAUAACAAUUUGCUGGUGGCUGAUAAUCGCAUUUCUGAUGCUUGCCACAAAGUCCUGAAUAAGGAUUGGACAUGCGUAUUUGCUUUGAGCUUCCUGCUUGAUCUUCUUCGCAUGGGUUUGCAGCCUUCAAAUGAUCUUAAAGGAACCAUCGAAGCAAUGGAGAACUCUGAUCCUGAAACGGGACAUGCUGAUAUUGCAGUAGUUGUCUGCUCAGUCCUGCAGAAAUGUGAUCCCCUGCGGAUAAACUACUGGUCAUGGUACCAGACCACUCUUUCUUCUUAGACAUUUGAAAAUUCAGCUGAAGAUAGUUUUAGCAGCAUGAUGUAAACUCAAUCGAAGGGGUUGACGCAGUGUAUGAAAAACCUUUCCUGUGAUCUUGGCGCGGAGCAAAAUUUGUACUGAUUUUACCGGGAAAAAUCAAUCAAUGACAGCAUGCCCAACAA